AUUGUACAGGAACACAAUGGCCAGCCUAAGUUUUAUGAGGAUAAUGGCUUUCUUUAGACUCUGUGACAAAAAAACAUUUGCAUGAUUUAAAAACAUGGACUCCUAUGUUUUCAUUUUGUGUACAUAACAGCUCAUAAUAAUGAAUAUUUCUUACAGACUGAUAUAAAUCCCACUACAUUUCAGAGUAGUGUUUCAGUCUAUAGUAAUCAGGUGCCGUCUUGUCUUAUAAGGGUAAGUCGAAACAUGAUUAACUAAAGCUGAAUACACAGAAGCGGAAGAUGAUGUGAGGAUUUCAGCAAAGACUUGAGCGAUGUAUGCGCAGUUUGGAGGAAGAGGCUGGAUGUAGUGAUGAAAAGGAGCUGGUUCUAAUGAAGGACUGCAACCUUGUUUAUUUGAGCCAUGUAGUUCAGGAAGAAACAAUGACUUCGUUUCUGGGGAGGAAGGGUUGGAACUGGGCAUCCGUCACCUCGAAAUCACUGAAUGGUAAUAAACAGAUCUGUGUAUAUAAUAAUUAUUCAUCUAUAAUUUUGGUUUAAUUCAAAUAAUCCAGUUACUUUAAAGUAACUGGUACAAGUUCUGCAUGUGUUCCAACAUAUAAAUGUUCUGAGCAUGGUGUUCAGUGACCAGCCCUCCUGUUACUCUUAUUUCCAAGUCUGGAUUUCAAUUUGUCCUCUUUUGAUAUAUCUGUUACAAUCUUGUACAGUACAGAGGGAUUAUCAGUUGACGUCACCCAGCAUCAUCACCACUCAGUGUACUGUGUAUGUUGCCUGUAGAAAGAAAGCAAAAAUAUAUUAUUCUACUAUUUACAAUUAGGCUAAAAAAAUUAUUUUUUAGCCUGCACAGACAAUGCAGCGUGGGGCUAUCUGAUACAGAUGUCAGGUUUUAUUUUUAGCAUAGCAUCGCACUGCCUCUCAUUCAAGCUGCUACACUUUAGUUUCUGAGGACUUAGUUUGAUAUAUACAACAUUUUUAUAACAGAAGGUGACAUAGUUACUUGAUCGUACUAUAAAAAGGCAUCACGUGUCAUAUAACACUGUCCCUUUAAAACUGACAGAGAGUCCUGCAUUGUUUAGAUGUUCUUCAGUGGAUCAGUCCUCAAUAAGCUCUUAGAUUCAAUUUGAUAGACUGACCUCUACUUGGAAGGUUCUUCACCGUUUAAUUUUUAUUCCCUGGAUAAUAGUUCAUACUGUGUGACUUGUCAACGUUAGUGACUUUUUUGUGUAUUUUCGUUUUUGUAACUUAGAUCGGAAUAUGAUGUGUUCUAUAAUAUGAAGAAAGGCUAAAAAAAUCUAAAAAGCAAACAGGUUCUAUUGGAGUGACAUGACUGCUUGUAUCUUCAGGUCAGGAAACGGUCAAUUAGUUUGUUCAUAACUUAACCAGGCGGAUCACUAUUCAAAUUUGUAUAACCUUAAAACUUAGUGACCUUUAUUUAAGAGUAGAGGCUACAUUUACGAGACAAUAUCUUAUAACAUAAAAGCAAAAUAUUAAUUAUUUUAUGUUAAUAAAAUGCCACGACAGUGGAUUGUUGUGGCACUACUUUUCUGAAUUCUGUUCAGCUUUCCUGUUUUCUCUAAUAAAAUACAAGUUAUAACCUUGAAUGAAUGAAGCUGGGUGUUUUGUCAAUUUCAAUUCAAUUUAGUUUUUUCAUGGGGCCUAUUCACAAUAACUGUAGAUUAUGCCCAGAAAUCUACGGAUUCCAACUGGAUUGCUUUCAUUUUAAUUGGAUCCUAGUUAUUAAACAAUGCAGUAAAAUUCAUUUUAUUAUGCUAAAAAGUUGAAGGAACCCUGCCCACUGCAUAUAGUUGCUGACUGGCAGCUUCCACAGCCACAACUGAGUACUUUCUACAUAAAACCACCAAACACACAUUCUCUUUCCAAUCCCAUAAAUUGUUUUUAUUGUUGUCUUCAUGCAGGCAAUGGAGCUACUGGUUGAGAAGGCUAUAAACAGCGCCUCGGCCCCUCUCAGCCCCGGUGAUGCACUGAGACGUGUCUUUGAAUGCAUUUCUUCUGGAAUUUUACUUCCUGGUGGACCAGGAUUGUUGGAUCCGUGUGAGAAGAAGCCUGUGGAUACCCUCACUGCCAUGGGAGAGCAGCAGAGAGAGGACAUAACCUCCAGCGCUCAGUUUGCUCUGAGGCUUCUGGCCUUCCGUCAAAUUCACAAAGUUCUGGGUAUGGAUCCCUUACCGCAGAUGAACCCUCGCUUCAACGUUCGCAACAGCCGGAAACGCCGUCAUGACAACAGUGAUGGAACAGACAGCUUUGAAGGGGAAG